UAUAGAGAGAAGAGAGAGAGAGAGAGCAGUCCGACCGUUAACAAUGGCAUUGUUGGGAGGAGGGGCGUUGAAUUUGAUAGGCAAGAGCGGAGGAGGAGGAGGAGUAGGAGGGCAGAAGACUGUGCUGAUAACUGGGGUAAGCAAAGGGCUCGGAAGAGCCCUAGCCCUAGAAAUGGCCAAGAGAGGUCAUACAGUCAUUGGCUGCUCUCGAUCUCAGGACAAGCUUGAUUCGCUUCAAAACGAUCUCGCCGCAGCUCUUUCUUCUUCUCCAAUGUCGACCAACGCCAAUGAAGCACCUGAUAGGCAUUUUCUAAUGACCGUCGAUGUGAGAUCAAACAGCAGUGUUGAAGAGUUAACUCGUGUAGUGAUGGAGAAGAAGGGUGUUCCUGAUAUCAUAGUAAAUAACGCAGGCAGCAUCAAUAAAAACAACAGACUUUGGGAAGUCCCUGCAGAAGAGUUCGAUAGUGUCAUUGACACCAAUGUAAAAGGAGUAGCAAAUGUAUUACGACACUUCAUCCCUCUAAUGAUCAAAAAUAAACAGGGAAUUAUUGUAAACAUGUCAUCAGGAUGGGGAAGAUCUGUAGCUGCACAGGUAGCACCAUACUGUGCAUCGAAAUGGGCAGUAGAAGGUUUGAGUAGAUCGGUAGCAAAGGAGGUGCCAACUGGAGUAGCAAUUGUUGCGCUUAAUCCUGGUGUUAUAAACACCGACAUGCUAGCAUCAUGCUUUGGCACUUCUGCUUCAUCAUAUCAGGGACCUGAUUCAUGGGCUCCAAAAGCAGCUACUAUGAUACUCAAUCUUACUGUCGCUGACAAUGGGGCAUCCCUUACUGUAUGAAGAUUGGAGCAUGCCCUGCCCUUAAGGUCAGGUCUCUCUUUUUCUAUUUGGCCUUGACAUUAUGGAUUUCAUAGGACUUUUCAUUCUUAUUAAGCUUUAUGAAGCUUUAAGAGCUUCCUAUUUAUUCAUAUUAAUCGAGAUUUAUAAUAUCUUUGUAAAUGGGUAGGUAUGGUAGUGUAUACUCAUUGAUCCUCCUGUUUGAAACCCGAUUGUGUAAUUUGUUUAUGUUUUUGUAUUUGGACCA